UCGACCAAUAUAAUAAUUAUACAGUAGCUCAAGUGAAUAUAUCGGUAAUAUUGUGUUUAAUUAUAGAUUGUAUACAUGAACUGAUUUCUAUUAUUUAGAUCAGUGGCGAACAGACAUUAGGUGAAAAUAUUGCUGAUAAUGGUGGAUUAAAAGAAGCGUUUCUUGCUUAUCAAAAUUGGGCUCGAAUAAAUCCGAAUACAGAUAAAAAAUUACCAGGAUUAACAAAAUAUUCAGCAGAACAAAUGUUUUUCAUAAAUUUUGGUUUAACAUGGUGUGCAAAAUUAAAAGAUCAAGUGGCAAGACUUCAAACUCAAAUAGAUGUGCAUGCACCUAAUCAAUUCAGAGUACUUGGUUCAACAUCAAAUUUUGCAGAAUUUGAUCGAGUUUUUGGAUGUAAACCAGGGCAAGGAAAUAGUCGAGAGAAUAAAUGUCAAGUUUGGUGA